AUGGCUGCUCCCGUCCAGCAAAUCGAAACCAAUCGGUUUGAAAAAUGGUGGAAAGAUCUCGGUAUUCGCAAGCUACUAGCAUGGCAGGCUACUAUCCUGGUGUCGCAAAUGACCACUGGUUACGAUGAGAGCGUGGUCGGAAGCUUCCAGUCCAUGAAGCCCUGGGUUAAUGAUAUGGGAAACCCCAAUCCAUCUAGGAUAGGACUCAUCACGGCUAUCGUCUUUGUUGGUGGUUUUGCCGGUGCUCUCGUGGCCUCGCCUAUAGCCGACCACUUUGGACGACGAGUAGGCAUGUUUGUUGGAGCAAGCCUGACAUUUGUGGGAACAAUCCUCCAAACAGCUGCACAGAACUCUGGCAUGUUUAUUGGGGGUCGAUUUUUGAUUGGCUUUGGAAUUAGCUUCACUUGUGUUGCUGGGCCCUCCCUACUGUUUGAGUUGGCUCAUCCAGCAAUGCGUGGCACAAUAUCUUCUUUGGUAAUAUCUUGCAGCUACCCAACUAUGAACUUGAAGAAACAGUUGCUGAUCUUGGACUUCCAGUUUAACGUGCUUUGGUACGUAGGUUCUAUCAUCGCAGCAUGGACAACCUUCGGUACGGGCUAUAUGACUACCAGCUGGUCAUGGCGAAUCCCAUCCCUCAUUCAAGGAGUUCCCGCACUACUAGUCAUGAUAUCUGUUCUUUGUGGGCUGCCCGAAAGUCCUAGAUGGCUUUGUGCAAACCAACGGAAUGAGGAAGCUCGGCAACUACUUGCAAAGUAUCACAGCAAUGGAAACGCCCACUCGGCCCUCGUGGUAAGUGAGAUGAAAGAGAUACAGACCUUUUUGGAGGCAGAAACAGCAGCCCGGACGAGUGGACAAAGCAGCUGGGGUAUCCUUUACCGGUCACCAGCAAACAGAAAAAGGAUUGCCCUGGUCGCUACCGUUGCCCUCCUAACACUAUGGAACGGCCAGGGUGUAAUUUCGUACUAUUUCAGUCCGAUUCUGACCAGCGUCGGUAUCACUUCUACUCCUCAGCAGACCGGUAUCAAUGGUGGCUUGCAGAUAUGGAACCUGCUCUUCUCCCUGGCAGGGGCCUUGCUUGCUGACCGAAUCGGAAGACGAACUCUCUGGUUGACGUCGUUCAUCGGAAUGAUCAUUGCCAACAUCCCGUUGACUAUAUCAUCCGCCAUGUAUGCACAACAUGGAUCCAAAGGCGCCUCUAUUGCUGUUGUCGUCUUUCUGUUCCUCUACGACGCGACUUUCAACUUGGCAAACAACCCCCUCCUUUAUUGUUAUCCGACUGAGAUCUUACCAUUUUCUAUUCGGGCCAAGGGACUAGCAAUUCAAGUUGCUGUCUCGCAAGCAGCUCUCACUAUUAAUCAAUACGUGAAUCCGAUUGCACUGGAUAGCAUUGGAUUUUAUUACUACAUAUUCUACCUGGGAAUGCUUAUCCUUGGCACUCUGAUCAUAUUCUUCACAUUUCCAGAGACAAAAGGCAAGACCGAAGUUGAGCUCGCAGCUCUUUUUGAGGAUCGCAAAUCAGAUCAUGACUACCCAAUAACUCUCGAGGGCUUGGAGGCAGGCUUGGAGAACAUAUCAGAAUCCCAUAAAGGGGGCGUGGUGGUUACCCAGGACAAGGACUUUGCAAAGUCUUGA